AUGACUCUUGUCCCUGCACCCGGCUACCUUCCUAUCUACAACCCGAUGCUGCCCUUCAAGAAGGCCAUCCCAGGCGGCCUGCAUGUGGGGAUGGCCAUCUACAUCGAGGGUGUGACCAACAAGAACCCGAUAAGGUUCACAGUGAACUUUGCCUUGGGAACAAAACCAGAAGCCGACAUCGCCUUUCACUUCAGUCCAUGCUUUGACAGGAAGGACCAGGUGGUCUUCAACUCACUGCAGUCAGGCUGCUGGGGCAAAAUGCAGAUGAAACACAGUUUGCCCUUCAGAAAGGGAGACUGCUUCGAGCUGUUGGUGAUGGUCCUGCAGGAGCAUUACAAGGUGAUGGUGAAUGGAAAUCCUUUCUAUGAGUUUGUGCACCGGAUGCCCCCCCAGGACGUCACCCACCUAUAUGUACUUGGAGACCUGACUCUCCAAUUCAUUGGCUUCUUUGACUGCAGUCUCAGCCCCAGCCAGGCUGCUUUAAGAAGCAACCUGCUUACCUGUAACCCGCCACCAAUGCAGGCACCUCCCGUCUUCAACCCGCCAGUGCCAUAUGUGGUGAAUCUGCUGGAGGGCCUGAUCCCAAAUAAAACCUUCAUUAUAAAGGGCGUUGUUCUGCGUGCAACCAGCAGUAUUGCCAUCAACUUCCGUGUGGGAGCCACGGGGGACAUAGCCCUGCACAUCAACCCCCGUAUCCAAGAGGGUAUUGUGGUGAGGAACAGUUUCCUGAAUGGCCAAUGGGGACCUGAGGAGACAAGCAUCUCCUGCAAUCCCUUUGUGCAAGGACGGCCCUUUGACCUAUUUAUCUGUGCCAGCCCCUAUGGCUUCAAGGUGUUUGCCAGUGGCCAGCACAUCUUUGACUACCAAUAUCGGAUGUUUGUCUUCACCACAGUCAACAUGCUGACAGUCGAUGGGGAUGUCUCCUUGUCCUACAUCCAUGUCUGA